CAGAGUGUUACGGAGAACGGAGAACAGUGGCACAGAACGCACGUUGCUCCAUUUUCGUGCAUCGCGCGCAGGAAGCCCGUUCUCUUCUGUUUCGUCAUAACUAUUCUCUAACUCUCGAUCGGCUGACCGGCGGGCUAGUUUUAACUUCUAGUUAGAAUAACUUUUGGGAUUGCCCAUUCGUUGUUCUCCGUGCACUGGCCGACAUAAACUUCGAACGAGUACCCUUCGAUCUCCACGACACUCAUCGUUGAAUGAUAUACAAAAUCGAAAUAUCGGAAAAGGGACACGUUCGUUCGACACAUAAUAGUGCAUUUCUUCUUCCGUCACACCAGUGGAAGUGGAUCCGAGUCGUCUGCCGCAACCAGACAGUGGAAACGGACCGUUCGUGGCACGGCUAAACGGAAACCGGUGGUGAACGGGUUCUAACGACGGACAUACGUUUCGUUCCUACACGUGUAUACGCAGUACACGCGUGCACGGCACAUAACGCGAGCGCGCGCUUUCGUUUUCGACGAAAGGGAAGAACAAAGUGCGCCGGUGAUAUUCGUGAGAGACCCUGUCCCAGUGAGUUUCCAGGGACUGGUUCCAGGGCGUCGAGGGCGAAUGAAGGUCGUGCAGGUCCGUGGAACCAAGGAGGCAUACCGCGCCAUGAGGAUGGACUGGAAGAUUAGAUUAUAUGCAACCGUGUGGUUGUUGAUGGUAGCAACGCAUCAUUGCCAUGCAACGAGUCAGAAUGGAGAGGAGGACGCAAAUGGAGAGGACUCGGUGCUGGAUGAAACGACCGAGGACUAUUGGGCCGGAAGCGGAUCCGGCCCCGAUGAGAGUGACUCGAUUCAUAACGAGACCAGAGAAGCGUUAACUCACGAAGCUAGCGACCACGAUGCCGUGGUGUACGUCGGUGAGGGGGCGGCAUACGUACCGGUACCAUCGUUAAAAGGGCGACCGUUGAGCCCAAAUCUGCAAGCCCUCCAGACGCUACAGGGUUUACAAGGAAUUGCUGGAGGCGGCGGAACAGGAGUGGUUGGAGAUGACGACUGGAAAAGACAGCCGGAGUCGUGGGACCGUGAACAUAGGAGAUACAGGCCCAAUACUACACGAGUACAACACAUCGAGGCGGAGUGCCAGGACGACUACAUGAAGAUCAGGAUCGGCUUCAACGGUUCGUUCGCCGGGCUGCUUUACUCGGCUGGGUACUCUUACGAUCCGGACUGCAUGUACGUGAAUGGGACGGGCCGCGAUUAUUACGAGUUCUACAUCCAACUUAAUCGUUGCGGCACCCUUGGUGAGAACACUCAUCAUCAAGACAGCCGAAAGAAUCCUACGAAAAACUUGAUGUGGAACACGGUCACGGUGCAGUACAAUCCGUUGAUCGAAGAGGAGUUCGACGAACAUUUCAAAGUUACCUGCGAGUACGGAUACGACUUCUGGAAGACCGUCACUUUUCCAUUCCUCGAUGUCGAAGUCGCGACGGGAAAUCCCGUAGUGUUCACCCUGCAGCCACCGGAGUGCUACAUGGAAAUCAGAUACGGUUACGGGACCACUGGAACUAGAGUGGCUGGACCAGUUCGCGUUGGCGAUCCCCUGACUCUCAUUAUCUACAUGCGCAGCAAAUACGAUGGUUUCGACAUCGUUGUGAACGAUUGCUACGCCCACAAUGGUGGAAAUAAGAGGAUCCAACUGAUCGAUCAAUACGGAUGCCCGGUCGAUGAUAAAUUGAUCAGCAGAUUCCGUGGAUCCUGGUCGGAGAGCGGCCUCUUUGAGACCCAAGUGUUCGCCUACAUGAAGACGUUCAGGUUCACCGGCUCGCCGGCUUUAUACAUUGAAUGCGACGUGAGAAUGUGCCACGGGAGAUGUCCGGUAAGCGCAAGUCAACCGUGUCACUGGAGGAACGCCAAAAACGUGGCUAAACGUUCGUUGCCAGAAAUCGGUGGCCCGUCAACAGCGGCGACCAGUCUUUCAGAAAACGUUAAUCUCUUUCAAUCGUUGCGCGUGCUGCAAGAGGGUGAGGCGGAUACGGAAUUCUUCCAGAAUUCUACUACAUCUGUCCGAAGCGGUCUCAGUGAACCCACGAACGACCGAGUGUGCCUUAAAUCAUCGAUUCUCAGUUCGAUGAUCGGGAUCGGUUGCGGUUUCCUAUGCUUAAUGGCAGGAACAAUAUUGGCGAUGUGCUCGCGAAUGAGACGACAGGCCAGAGAGAAAUUAUUAUCCGACAGUAUAAGUUACAUGACCCACAAGGGUAGAAUCAACUAAACCGCGGCUCAGUUCGAAUGUACAAGCGAGAUUCUCCUUCCUCUUCUUCUUCUUCAUACCGCUUCCGUCGGUACUGCCGCGUAUCCGAGGAAGUCUUCGGAGGAACAGUCUUUGCUGAUAAUGCGAGGGGACGAUCAUGUCCGAGGACGGUAAACGGCCGAGCGCAAUCUCGGCCGGUAAGCUCCAGUCGACGGUCAAUAAGAAACGAAGGGGCAAGUUUAAAAAAUGAACACGGAUGUACUUAAAGAAAAUGUAUGUACAUCUAAAGCGAAGCACACACAUACUUAGAUGAAUAGUUAGAAAAUUUAAUUAGAAAAGUUGUAAAGGAUUGUGAUAAACACGGAUUAGGCGUAUACUUCUGUUUUGUUUUUCACAAAUAGUAGAUUCACCGUCGAUGAAAGUUAGUCCGAUAGAUCGUUGACAAUUACUGAAUUUGCGCUUUCAUUUCCUGUAAACGUUGUUCUUGAUUAUUUUCCUAUCUUCGUUCAACGGCAAGUCGUUCUUCGCGAGUACACGCGAGUUGCCGCUCAUCGAUACGGAAGAGCGAAGGCGGAAUUUAGAAGUCGAGGAUUUUGCCACGGCCUCGUCGAUCGUACGCGCGAUCGGAACGAGUUUUGAAUUCGAGCAUCGCCGGAUUAUAUUAUAUUUGACGAAACUGCUUUCGCUCACGCGAACGAUAUCAUGCGAGGUUAUCAAUAAGUAAUUAGAUAUAAAGGCGUAAAUGCCGUUGCUGAGAUUCAGUACUUUAAGCAUGUAUGUCUAAUAAACAUUACUCGCCAUAUUCAGGAACGCACAAAUUAUCUCGAGCUGCAGCUGCGUAAACAAUUAAUCACUGAUGCGAAACGAUUAUUAGCCGAUUUAUAAUUUACAACGCGAGCUAUACUUCAAUUUCACUUCCAGCUGCAUCUUCGAGCAACGAUUCAAAAACCGUAACGACUGAUCCUGCUUUCACAGUUUCUGAAUGUUCGCGAAUAAUGCAUUAUCGUAUGAUAUUAAACAACGCUAUGGAAUAAACAAUUACAAUAUCUAGUUAAUACUUAAUAUGCAUAACGAUAUACAUAUACGUAGCGUCCAAGUGUGUCUGGAUUUCCUCUUAUGUUCUUUUUCAUACUACACUUUUUAUAUCAUGUUUUAAAAUUCUCGAGAGGCAGGAGCAUCACGGAAUUGCCACGAGCGUGAACGGUCAGCGAGGAUUAAAUAAUAUUUCACGAGAUCACUCCGCGCGUGAAUCAGGGGAAGAAAGAGAGCAAAAGCUAAAGAAGCUCGGCUCUCAUCCUGAAUAAUUUGUUCCCAAAUUUUCACGGAAGCCUCUUUCACGACGCGAAAAUUAUUUUCGCCACCGCGAUGAAAUAUUAAUUUCCCCUCCUGAUCGUUUUCCAGAACCAUUUUUGUACGUUCUCGUUUCCACGUAUAUCCGUCCACUACUUCUCUUUUUAUAAUCGUCAAUUAGUAACAGGAUUCACCUGCUCGAUCGAAUUACUUGUAAAUAUAGCAUUGUACGAUCCAUAAUAUUUAUAAUUAAGCUCGAGUGUAUCAAGGUUUCCAAUAAACAAUAGAA